UUCUCAUCCCUCUCUCACUCUGCCCCUCUAUUUCUCAUCGCCUCCGAUUCAUCCUCUCCCUCUCUCCCAAAUCCUUCUUCGGCUGCAAAUUCUCGCCCAAACCUCAAGAUCCAGUGCAGGAUUCUCCCUGGAUUGAACCCCGGAAAGCAGCCGAAAGAGGAGAGAGGGCGGCGACGAGUCCUCUCUCUCUCUCUCUCUCCCUCUCUUCUUUUGAGUUGCUGCAGCCGGCUGAAGAUCCGUCGAUCAUUGGCUCUUCUCCCAGAUUUCUGGAUUGCUGUCGAUCGCCCAUCGUCGGCUGUCGGCUCGUGGUAACGGUGAGAUGGAUAGCUCGCAAAAGAAAGGGGGAUUUGUGCCGGUGUCGCCCUCACAAACGCCGAGAUCCACGGAUAAACAUGGGAGAGAUUUCCGGUCACUUGACGGGAAUGGGAACUCCAGCAGCAAGCUUGACAGGGACAAGGGGGUCAAUGUCCAAGUCAUUCUCAGAUGCAGGCCAUUAAGUGACGACGAGGCGAGGUUGAACACGCCCGCGGUCAUAACCUGCAAUGAACACCGUCGAGAAGUUUUAGCUGCUCAGAAUAUUGCUAACAAACAGAUUGACAGAACAUUUACUUUUGACAAGGUUUUUGGCCCAACUUCCAAGCAAAAGGAUUUGUUUGAUCAAUCUAUUGCUCCUAUAGUGAACGAGGUUCUUGAGGGCUACAAUUGCACCAUCUUUGCAUAUGGGCAGACUGGCACCGGGAAGACCUACACGAUGGAAGGCGGAGGAAGAAAAGCCAAGAAUGGAGAAUUCCCAAGCGAUGCUGGAGUUAUCCCGAGGGCAGUGCGGCAUAUCUUUGACAUACUUGAAUCACAAUGUGCUGAGUACAGCAUGAAAGUCACAUUUCUUGAGCUAUAUAACGAGGAGAUAACUGAUCUUUUGGCCCCAGAUGAAUCAAAAUUCUCUGAUGACAAGUCCAAAAAGCCUAUAGCUCUCAUGGAAGAUGGGAAGGGUGGUGUCUUUGUGAGAGGACUGGAAGAAGAGGUAGUCUAUACUGCUGGUGAAAUCUACAAAAUCUUGGACAAAGGGUCUGCAAAGAGGCGUACUGCAGAGACUUUACUCAACAAGCAAAGUAGCAGAUCCCACUCCAUUUUUUCGAUUACAAUUCACAUUAAGGAGUGUACCCCUGAGGGAGAAGAGAUGAUCAAAUGUGGAAAGCUUAACCUCGUGGAUCUUGCUGGAUCAGAGAAUAUAUCAAGAUCUGGUGCUAGAGAUGGAAGAGCAAGAGAAGCUGGGGAAAUAAAUAAGAGUUUGCUCACACUUGGGCGUGUUAUUAAUACACUUGUCGAGCAUUCUGGCCAUAUUCCAUAUAGAGACAGCAAAUUGACAAGGUUACUAAGGGACUCCUUGGGUGGGAAGACUAAAACGUGUAUUAUUGCCACCAUAUCGCCUUCCAUCCUCUGUUUGGAAGAGACCCUGAGCACCUUAGAUUAUGCACAUCGUGCAAAGAAUAUAAAGAAUAAGCCAGAGGUCAAUCAAAAAAUGAUGAAAUCUGCAAUGAUCAAGGAUCUAUAUUCAGAAAUUGACCGUCUUAAACAAGAGGUAUUUGCUGCUAGAGAGAAGAAUGGCGUAUAUAUUCCACGUGACAGGUACUUAAUUGAAGAAGCUGAGAAGAAGGCCAUGACUGAGAAAAUUGAAAAAUUGGAACUUGAUUUGGAUACAAAGGAUAAGCAACUAGUGGGGCUUCAAGAUCUUUACAAUUCUCAAAAACAGCUUAAUGCAGAUUUAAGUGACAAACUAGAGAAAACACUGAAAAAACUGGUGGAAACUGAGCAUGCUUUCCUCGACCUAGAAGAAAGAUACAGACAAGCCAAAUCUACAAUAAAAGAGAAGGAAUUUUUUAUAUCUAGCCUCCUCAAGUCAGAGAAGGCACUAAUCGAGCAUGCUUAUGAGCUUAGAUCAGAGUUAGAAAAUGCAGCUGCAGAUGUUUCUGCCUUGUUUUCUAAAAUAGAACGUAAAAAUAAAAUCGAGGAAGGAAACAGGAUACUUGUCCAAAAGUUCCAGUCUCAAUUAAAUCAACAGCUGGACAUCUUGCAUAAAAGUGUUGUAGCUUCAGUGAUGCAACAGGAGACCCAGUUGAAAGAAAUGGAAGAGGACAUGCAAUCAUUUGUUUCCACAAAGUCCAAGGCCACUGAAGAACUUAAAGUGCAUGUUGAAAGGCUCAAAGCUAUGUAUGGUUCAGGGAUCAGAGCUUUGGAUGAUUUAGCUGGUGAGCUUGACAAGAAUUCAGAAUAUACUUUUGGAAGAUUAAAUUCGCAGGUGUUAAAUCACUCGUCUUCCCUUGAAGAUUGCUUCAAAGGAAUGGCUCUGGAGGCUGAUCAGCUUCUAAAUGAACUUCAAGAAAGUCUGUCUAAACAAGAGGAUAAGUUAGCUGCUUUUGCACAGCAGCAACGUGAGGGACAUCUUAGAGUUGUUGAAUCGACAAGGUCCAUAUCUAAGAUUACCUCUAAUUUUUUCCAAACUCUGGAUAUUCAUGCAUCUAAAUUAACCAAGAUCUUGGAAGAAUCACAAAACAUACAAGACCAACAACUCCAUGAUCUUGAGAAGAAGUUUGAGGAAUGUGCUGCUAAUGAAGAAAAGCAAAUACUGGAAAAAGUGGCAGCAAUGUUAGCUGGUUCAAGUGCUAGGAAGAAGAAUCUGGUUCAAACAGCAGUUGAUAGUCUCCGAGCUACUGCUGCUGAUAGAACAAGUAAUCUCCAGAAGGAAAUGUCAACCGUUCACGAUUUUACUUGCUCUGUGAAAGAUCAAUGGAAAAUAUACAUGGAAGAAACUGAAAAUCACUUUGUCGAGGAUACUGCAGCAGUUGAAACUGGUAAACAUGGCCUAGAAGAAGGUGUACGAAAUUGCAAGGCAAAGGUUCGCACAGGUACACUACAAUGGAGAGAUGCUCAAAACUCCCUGCUGACUCUCGGCAAAGGAAAUGUAGCAUCAGUAGAUUCAAUUAUCAGGGGUGGAUUGGAUGCCAACCAGCUUCUGCGUUCUAAAUUAUCUUCUGCUGUUUCAUCGACACUUGAAGAUGUUGUCAUUUCAAAUAAGAAUCUUUUAUCCUCCAUCGACUGUUCACUGAAACUUGACCAAGAUGCAUGUGAAAACUUUGACUGCUUGCUCAUUCCAUGCCACGGGGAACUAAGGGAACUGAAGAGUGGUCACUACCACAAAAUCGUGGAGAUUACAGACAAUACGGGGAAAUGUCUUGAAGAAGAAUAUGUGGUGGAUGUACCAUCCUGUUCCACCCCAAAGAGACGACCAAUCAAUCUUCCGAGUGUUGCAUCCAUCGAAGAACUACGGACCCCAGCUUUCGAAGAGCUAUUGAAGUCGUUUGGGGAUGUGGUGAAGCAGGCAAAUGGUGAUGUAAAACAUUUCUCUGGGUCAUAUGAGACCCAGUUACAGUCCUCGAGAGAUUCAAGGGUGCCACUGACUGCCAUCAAUUAAGGCCAAGCUCGGUAGGUAGCUCCCAGCUGAUGAUGAUGGCAUGUACAGGGUAAAGAAAACCUAUCACGAUUCAUUCUUUUUCCAAUUAAAGGGUUCCACUACCCAAGCUGUGCUGGUUCUAUUUCAUUACUAUGUACAUGCACUUUAUCUAUCUCAUAAGAUGCGUUGUGUCAA